AUGGCGGAUCAACAGAUCCACGAGAUCUUCGGGCCAGUGGCCAUGGAGGGGGCCGGCAAGCUGGUCAACCUUCUCAUGGAGGACACGUUGUCGCACAACGACCGUCCACACGAGCACUCCAAAACGGACAAGCGCCAGAGGGACAAGGAGGCAGCUUUGAUCAAGGCGAUGGGCAGGCUGGUUAUUCGCCAAGAGACCCAAUUGCAGGUACUGAAGCAGAACUCUGUCUACACUCUCUACUUGAAACCAGGCCAAUCCGGAGCCAUGCCGAUCCUGUUCAAGACUGCAGCCACCUGUCGCGAGGCCUCGAAGACCAAGUUCAUGGAAGCCCCCCUUCGGGCGGUCUUGCUGAGCACCCUGUUUCAGACCCUGCUUGCAUGCCUGCAGACCCUGGCCACACAACCGGAUCAGCAAGCUCAGGCCAAAACCAAAGGCUGGCUGAAUACGGAGGGCAAGUGGGUGUAUCAGCGUUGGGACCCAGAGAACCAGGUUCUCAAAACCGACGACACUCGGGCAGCAGUGACACACCAGGAGGUCGUCAAUCAUGUCACCCUGUUGGUGACGGCAGUGACGGGGAAGGACGUGGUUCAUCGAUUCAAUGCCACGAACGGCCUGCCGGCCAAUCCGGAGCAGAUCACGACUUUUCUCUUGGAAGUGGGACUGCGGGCCACAGGAGUCGAGAAGGUCUGGGCAGCCCUCGAGUUCUUAUCGAACUCGACGGCCCUGCAGCUGCGCGGGGUGCAACUCAAACGGGACAAUCUCAAGAGGAGCUCGCUUGCCAACGACGUGCAGAAAUUGCUGCAGGACUACACAGGCUCUGCUUGA